CCGCUAAAGAAGAGAGAAACCAUAGUGCCAUCCGCCAAAAUUGACAUCCAAAACAAAGCCUUCGUUAUCAUCGAAUCUUUCUCAAUUCAUUUUAAUUAAUAGCUGCAUCUUAUAAAUAUCUCUCCUUCCUCCAUUCCCUCUCCCAACUCCAUUCCUCUUUUUUUUGAAACCUUUCAUUAAACACAUACCUCUCCUUCCAUCUAUUUUCGAUCAUGUCGUCAACCUUUGCUUCGUCGCCGCUUCCCAUGACUCUCCAGUGCACCUCCUCGAUGAGAAACAAGAGCACGACUUUGUAUUUGCAUAACAACCUAUCUGCAAAAGAUGGUAGUUUGUUUCGUGGGGAGAGGGUGUUUCCCAGCAUGAAAAUGGCAAAGGCAGCAAAAGGGGCAUCUUUACUUUCCAAGUCCUUCAAAUCAAAGAUUUGUUGCUCCGUUGCCCAACCAGAAACACUGGAAGUUGUUCAAGAAAUAAUUGCCAAGCAACUCUCUCUGGAACAAAGUGCAGUGAUCCCUCAAACAAAGUUUUCGGAUUUGGGAGCCGAUUCUCUUGACACCGUUGAGAUCAUGAUGGCUUUGGAAGAGAAGUUUGGAGUGUCCAUUGGUGAAGGUGGAGCUGAAGGCAUCUCUACUGUUCAAGAUGCCGCGGAUCUCAUCGAGAAAGUCAAGGCAUCCUCUGCAAGUUAAACCUACAUAGAACAAUAUCUAUUAUUCAUGCCUUCAAAUCCCAAUAAUUUUGUUUAGAUCGGUUUGUUAUGGUUUUGUUCUAUCUUUAAUUCAAGUAUAAGUUAAUUGCGGUUCAAAA